AUGCUCACAUAAGCAUUAUUCCCAUAUUCUUGUGAGCGUCUUGUCAGAGUCAGCCCCUGCACGUAUAUACACCUACCUAAUCAAGUAAUCAGGGCGAACUAGUCUAGAAAGUGACGACGUGCGGGGCACCGCUGCGCAUGUCUAACUUAAAAUCAGUCACCUUCCAACAAAAUACUCUCCACUUGGAGACGCCCCGUACGUCGAUCAGUAACAGACACACCCACUGUACACGUAUAUAAUACUCCGUAUGGCAGUGGUCGGGUUCCACCGAUGAGCCGGCAGCGACGACACACCGCCGGUACGAGCCACAUUGUCCGCCAAGGCGACCGGCGAUCAAUGGAGAUGUAUGGCGCCGUUCCCCGGCCUCGGUUCCUCCUCCUCCUGCUCCUCCUCCUCGCCGCCGUGUUUUGGGUCUGCCUACUCUACUUCCGCCUGUCCGCGCUCAUCAGUGGCGUCGCGGUCGCGCCGAUGGAGCGCAUGGUGUCGUUCGCGGCAGGCUACGAGAGCCGCGGCGACGACGGGGACAAAGACCCUUGCCGGGGGCGACGCGUGUAUAUCCAUGAGCUCCCGCCGCGCUUCAACGCCGACAUACUCAGUGGCUGCGGCAGGACGGACGGGCGCUGGCCCAACAUGUGCGAGCAAGUGAGCAACGCCGGCCUCGGGAAGCCGCUGCCCGAGCCCAACCUGGAGGGCAAAGGGGAGGGCGCGGGCGGCUGGUACGCCACGCAGCAGUUCGCGCUGGACGCCAUCUUCCACGGCCGCAUGCUACGCUACGGCUGCCUCACCAACGACUCCUCCGACGCGGCGGCGGUGUUCGUCCCGUUCUACGCCGGCUUCGACUUCGCGCGGCACCACUGGGGCUACGACAACGCCACGCGGGACGCCGCCUCGCUCGACCUGGAGCGCUGGCUCGUGCGCCGCCCGGAGUGGCGCCGGGCGGGCGGCCGCGACCACUUCCUCGUGGCGGGGCGCACGGCGUGGGACUUCCGGCGCCACACCUGCCCCAGCCCGACCUGGGGCACCAACCUCCUCUUCCUACCGGCCGCCAAGAACAUGACCGUGCUUGUCGUGGAGUCGUCGACCGCGCCCAGCCACGGCAACGACAUGGCGGUGCCUUACCCGACCUACUUCCACCCACGAGCAGACGCCGACGUCCUGCACUGGCAGCAGAGGAUCAAGAGCACCCGCCGCCCGUGGCUCAUGUCCUUCGUGGGCGCGCCGCGGCCGGGAGACCCGCGGUCCAUCCGGUCGCAGAUCAUCGCCCAGUGCGGCGCCUCGUCCGCGUGCCGGCAGCUGGGCUGCGCCAACGGCGCCACCCAAUGCCACACCCCGGGGGACAUCAUGCGGCUCUUCCAGAGCUCCACCUUCUGCCUCCAGCCGCCGGGGGACUCGUACACGCGGCGGUCGGCGUUCGACGCCAUGGUCGCCGGCUGCGUGCCCGUCUUCUUCCACCCGGCGUCCGCCUAUCUCCAGUACCGGUGGCACCUGCCGGGCGACCACGCCAGGUACUCGGUGUUCAUACCGGAGGACGCCGUGCGCGUUGGGAACGUGAGCAUCGAAGACACGCUGAGAAGGAUACCGGGAGCGGCGGUGCGGAGGAUGCAGGAGGAGGUCAUCACGCUCGUGCCCAGGCUGGUGUAUGCUGACCCGAGGUACUCGCUCGACACAGUCAAGGACGCAUUCGAUGUAGCCGUGGAAGGUGUCCUAGAGAAGGUGGCGGAGUCGAUGCGGAAGGUCGAAACGACGGAUCAUCGCCGGUCCAGCUGGCUAGACAAGAUUUGGUCCGAGUAAUAGGUCUCUCUGAUGAGAAUGGUCGGUCUAAUGAAGUAGUAGUAGUAUACAGUACAAUUUUGUGGCAGGCUUUGAGUGAUUUCAUCGGUUCUUACAGCGAAGGCCACGUACCUGCUCCCUCGCCAUCGCCAUGCUCCACUUCAUGCUCCCACUUCAUCUUAUGGGUGUCUUUUUUUCCUUUUUUUUCUAAUCUAAUCAUCUCCCUCCCUGAUUUUAAGGGGGUGGAACCGAGCCUUAUUUUGUUUCAAUCAAAUCAUGCCACGUAUGCGG